AAAAAAAAAAAAAAUGCGAAAAGAAAGACUCCCUCAUUUUCCACACACUUUCUUCCACACUACCAUCUCAACUCUCAAGUAAUGGCGCCAAAGACCGAAGUCCCAUUCUCAUCGCGAACGACCCAAAGGAAAACCGUUCCUGCAUCUAACUUCUUCCUCUUCCAUGCCUAUAUUAAGGAUUGGAGCCUCCAACUCUUACUAAGAAAGAAACCCAAACAUACUUGUUGCGUUUGUGGGCGUUGUUGUUGUUGUUGUUGUUGUGCUUUUCGCUUCCAUCUUCGGCCACAAGUUUGAGUUUAAAGGAUGCAAGCCGUUGGCGGCCAUGGCGGUUGUGAAAGGACGCCUCUGUUAUCUCGCGGAGAGGGACGAAAGAGGAAUGAUCCUGAGGGGAACGAUCGAUUGUCAGACCUGGAGCAUGGAGAUGCUGUACAGGCCGCAAAUGUCAGCUUCGGGCGAGUUCUUGCACUUGUAAAACCUGAUGCAGGGAAGAUGAUUCUUGCUACAAUAGCUCUCCUAAUUGCCGCCACAUCAGGCAUUCUCAUUCCCAAGUAUGGUGGCAAGAUAGUAGACAUCGUUUCAGGAGAUUUGGGCACACCUCAAGAGAAGAACGAAGCUCUAAAUGCUGUGAACAAUACCAUACUAGAAAUCUUUGUGAUCAUUGUUGUAGGCUCUGUCUGCACAGCUCUUCGGGCAUGGUUGUUUUCUUCUACUAGUGAACGGGUGGUUGCACGUUUGAGAAAGAGCUUAUUCAGUCACCUUAUUAACCAGGAAAUAGCCUUCUUUGAUGUUACUAGAACUGGGGAACUACUGAGCCGCUUAUCCGAAGAUACACAAAUCAUAAAGAAUGCUGCAACUGCUAGUCUUAGUGAGGCACUGAGGAACGUGUCGACUGCAGUUAUUGGUCUUUUCUUUAUGUUCUCAACAUCCUGGAAGUUAACCUGUGAGAUCUCUGACCACUGCCACCAUAUCACUUCAACUCUUUACGACUACAGUCUUGCUCACGAUGUACAACUUGUCUUCAUCUGUGCUUAUUUCCUGCGUGAACUUUCUCACAAGACUCAAGCUGCAGCGGCAGCUGCUGCUUCAAUUGUUGAGGAAUCUUUUGGUGCCAUAAGGACAGUUAGAUCAUUUGCACAAGAAGCUUACGAGGAGUCACGUUACUGUGAGAAAGUUGACGUGACACUGAACCUUGGACUUAAACAAGCUAAAGUUGUUGGGCUCUUCAGUGGAGGGAUGAAUGCAGCAGAAACACUAUCAGUUAUUGUUGUGGUGAUAUAUGGAGCUAAUUUAACUAUCAAAGGCUAUAUGACUGCUGGUGCUCUUACCUCAUUCCUUCUAUACAGCUUGACAGUUGGAUAUUCUAUAUCAGGAUUAUCAAGUUUGUACACAGUGGCAAUGAAAGCGGCUGGUUCGAGUAGGAGGGUUUUCCAGCUUCUGGAUCGGACCUCAACCAUGCCAAAAUCAGGAGACAAAUGUCCUUUAGGUGAUCAAGUUGGUGAAGUGGAGUUAAAUGAUGUCUGGUUUGCAUAUCCAUCCCGUCCUAGCGAUAUGGUACUCAAGGGAAUAUCAUUGAAACUUCAGCCUGGCUCAAAAGUUGCUCUUGUGGGACCUAGUGGCGGAGGGAAAACCACAAUAGCAAACUUGAUCGAAAGGUUCUAUGAUCCAACAAAGGGCAAGAUUCUCAUAAAUGGAGUUCCUCUGGUUGAAAUAGCCCACGAACAUCUUCACAAAAAGAUCAGUAUAGUGAGCCAAGAGCCUGUUCUUUUCAAUUGUUCAAUAGAGGAAAACAUAGCCUAUGGCUGUGACGGAAACAUAAGCAGCUCUGAAAUAGAAAAUGCAGCUAAAAUGGCCAAUGCACAUGAGUUUGUGUCGAACUUCCCCGACAAGUACAAAACUCAUGUAGGAGAGCGUGGGAUAAGGCUGUCUGGAGGCCAGAAACAAAGAAUAGCAAUUGCCAGAGCCCUACUUAUGAACCCCAGGAUUCUUCUCCUCGAUGAAGCCACAAGUGCUCUGGAUGCUGAGAGUGAAUACCUAGUCCAGGAUGCAAUGGAUUCUCUGAUGACCGGAAGAACUGUCCUAGUCAUAGCUCACAGGCUAUCAACAGUCCAAAGUGCCGACACUGUUGCAGUAGUUUCUGGUGGACAGAUCGUUGAGAGCGGCGGACAUGAAGAGCUACUCAGCAAGAAUGGAGUCUACACAGCACUAGUGAGGAGGCAACUACAAGGAUCCAGAACAGAGUCAACAGUUGACCAGAAUACUGCAGCCUAGUAUCCAUAUCAAAGUAGUUGCUGUUUUUUUUAUAUAUAUAUAGGGUCACCAUUACUUGGCCACCUUUUUCUUCAUCCCCAGAGGGUUGACUUGUGCAGGCAUGUCUGCUUGCCUGCUGCACCUCUUCUGUUUAUAUUUACCAAGACUUCACAGUUUGUACGAUCUCAUAGCAAUAGUAAAUGGUUAAGUUGUGUCUUAUCCGUUGAAUGCAAAAGAAGAAAAAUGGUGUUUCUGUUUUCAACACUGAAUUGGCAAUCUCUCCAAGCUUAAAUUAAACCCUUUUGAGAGCAGGUACAUAUCUAGAGAGUGCAAUAGGAGAGCCGUCAAUGGCGAAAUCCAUUAAUUAACGCAGUAAGCAGCUAUCGAAGUCCCUGGAGGUGAUGGUUCUGUUCGAGAAGAUGCAGCAGACCGGUCUGGAGC